AUGGCUUACAAUCGUCGCGACGACGACGACCUGGCGUAUGGCGAACACCAUGGCCAACAGCAGGAGGGCGAGGAGGGCGAGCGUGGCUUCGUCGGCGACAUGGGCAGGAAGUUCUUUGGAGGCCAGAAGGAGAACCCCCAACAAGGCUCCUCUGGCGGCGGCGGUCUCUUCGGCAAGCUCCAUAGCGCCCUCCACGAAGUCGCGUCGGACAUCAAGGACAAGGUCUCUGGGAAGGAUGACCACCCGGGAGGAGGUCAACAGGGUGGAGGUUCGCAGGGCAACUAUGGCCAGCAAAGCGCCCAGGGCUCCCAAGUUCAGCCGGGUCAGGAGUACCACUCCCAGCAUCGUUUCUUGAGCUUCGCGCCAGAGCGUCAGGGUAAUGACAUCAAGUGGUACGUUGAUGGAUGUGGUUACAUGUAUGCCGUGUCUUUGGCAAUUGAACGCGCACGUGAGUCGAUCUGGAUCCUCGACUGGUGGUUGUCGCCAGAGCUGUACCUCCGACGCCCUCCAGCAAAGAAUCAGCAGUACAGAAUAGACCGCAUGUUACAAGCUGCCGCUCAGCGUGGAGUCAAAGUCAAUAUUAUCGUAUACAAGGAAGUGACCCAGGCGUUAACGCUUUCUUCCGCUCAUACAAAGCAUGCUUUGGAGGCGCUUCACCCGAAUAUCGGUGUCUUUCGACACCCGGAUCACUUGCCGGACGCAGCCGUCCUCGGAGGCUCUUUCAUCCAAUCGUUCCAAAACAUGUCUUUCAGUCCUGCCAAGUUGGCACAACUUCCCGGAGACGGCCUGAAGGCGAUCUACGGAGCACAGGAUGACACUGUACUUUACUGGGCGCAUCACGAGAAGCUUUGCCUGAUCGAUGGCGAAACCGCCUUCAUGGGUGGAUUGGAUCUGUGCUACGGCCGUUGGGAUACGAAUCAGCAUCCUAUUGCCGAUGCACACCCGGGCAACUUAGAUCGUAUCGUUUUUCCGGGACAGGAUUUCAACAAUGCUCGUAUCCUGGACUUCCAGGACGUCCCCAACUGGGAGAACAACAAGCUCGAUCGAACGCAAAGUUCGCGCAUGGGCUGGUCAGAUGUAUCCCUCUCAUUCGCAGGACCUGCUGUGCAAGACUUGAGAACGCAUUUCAGUCAGCGUUGGAACUUCAUUUACGACGAGAAGUACAGCAAGAAAGAUACCCGUUAUGCAAGACUUCCAGACACCAGCAGUGGUGCUCAACAAGGCGGCAUAUACCCUCCAUCUCAACAGCGGGGCUUUGACGGUGAAGAGGGCGAGGGAGAGCGUGGAUUUGGUGGCGACGAUGAAGGUCAAGAGGGUGAACGCGGUCUAUUUGGUCGUGGUGGAGGAGAAGGCGGAGGCUUCCGCAACAAGCUCUACAACCGAGCUCAGCAAGAAUUCGGCCGUCAUGGACACCACGAAGAAGGUCAACAACAUCAGUCGCACGCACAGCACGGGUCUCAGCGCGGAAGCGCAGACUGCCAGCUCACGCGAAGCUCUGCAAAAUGGAGUCACAACAUCUCGACCGAGCACUCUAUCCAAAAUGCUUACUGCGAGGUCAUCAAAAACAGCAAACACUUCGUGUAUAUCGAGAACCAGUUCUUCAUUACCGCAACUGGCAACGAACAGAAGCCGGUUAAAAAUCAGGUUGGAGCAGCAAUCGUUGAGCGUAUUAUUCGGGCGGCCCGCAACGGCGAGAGGUACAAGAUGUUUGUCAUGAUGCCUUCCGUGCCUGCGUUCGCUGGUGACUUGAAGUCCGACGAUGCUCUCGGUACGCGCGCUAUCAUGGAGUUCCAAUACAAUUCCAUCAACCGCGGCGGGCACUCAAUCUACGAGGAGAUCCAAAAGGCGGGCUUUAACCCCUUAGACUAUAUCCGCUUCUACAACCUGCGGAAUUACGACCGUAUCAAUGCCAGUGGGGUCAUGCGCGCCGCAGAAGAGCGCAGUGGAGUGUCGUACGAGCAGGCUCGUGAAGGCUAUGACGCCGCUCACGAAGCUAAUCGCGGCGAGGGAACACGUGGAUUCGAAGAAGAGGGCGAGCGCGGCUACCAGGCCUACCGACCGCCUCCGACAGCAGAGUAUGGAGUAUACGAGAUGGAUGGCUCCUCCAAUUACGGCCAGAAUCAAGGUCACGGACAGAACCAAGGCUACGGCCAGGAUUCAGGCUACGGCUCUCAAUAUCAGAAUAGACCGGACAACAGACCGGAUGAGGACAAGCGUGCCGACUACAACAAGUAUCAACAGGCUGCCUCCCAAGUCGGAGGCCAUCAAGGCCUCGGCGAUGGACGUUGGGACUCUGUCAGCGAGUGCUACAUGCUGGGCGGUGAGGACAUCCGCAACGUUCCUUGGGAAGGGGGCAAGAUGGAUGAAAUCGAUGCCUUUGUGUCUGAGGAGCUCUACAUUCACAGCAAGCUCCUCAUUGCAGAUGAUCAAGUUGUUAUCUGCGGAUCUGCGAAUCUGAACGACCGUUCGCAACUUGGUGACCACGACUCCGAGAUCGCGGUCAUCGUUCGUGACAACGACACCGUCGAGUCGUACAUGGACGGUUGCCAAUGGCGUGCUGCUAAAUUUGCUGCCUCUCUGCGUCGGCAGAUCUUCCGCAAGCAUCUUGGUCUGCUCAAGCCGCAGAACUUCGAGCGUCCGGACGAGAACUUCCAGCCGAUUGGCGUGCCGAACAUCUAUGACUGGGGCUCUGAGGAGGACCGCCAAGUCGUUGAUCCACUUUCCGACGAGUUCCAGGACUUUUGGAACUGGCGAGCGAAGAAGAACACUGAUGCCUUUGGUAAAGUCUUCCAUCCGGUACCUUCCGACGAAGCGCGCAACUGGAAGCAGUAUGAUGCGUACUACUCUCGCUUCUUUGCCCAAGAGGAGGGCGAUAAAGAGAACAAGAAGCCAAGCUUAUAUAAGAUUGGUCACGUCGUCGCAGAGAACUUUAGCCAAGGCGAGCAGGGUCUGCGCGAGGUCAAGGAAGUACUGUCCACCAUCAAGGGAACUCUGGUGGAGAUGCCAUUGCUGUUCCUCAAGGAAGAGGAUAUUGCGAAGGAGGGUGUUGGCCUGAACGCUUUCACUGAAGAGCUUUACACCUAA